AUGUCAUCUCCAAGUAAUGUUGAAUUGAAGGCUGGCCAUCCGCCGGCAGUGAAGGCUGGUGGGAUGAGAGUGGCCACAAAACGGCCUCCGCCAGCGGACUCUGCAGCAGCUGCUGAAACAGUGGCCGAUUUACCUCCAGCUGAGGAAGUCGAUCCAGCCGUGGCACCCGAGGAUGGAGCCGGUAAACUCAUUACCAAUGACGUUGUUUCCAAAGGGAGCAAGGAUUUCUCGCCAACGGAGGCAGUCAAGGUUUUCCACGAGAAGCCACAGCCUGCAGUUGAGAAUCGGCCCCCAAACACACGUGGAGCUGCCGGAAAUAGGAACAUCCAACAACCAGGCAGACGAGAGUAG